UCCUCCCUCUUAGACCACCUCGCUCCCUUCCUUACGCCCCGUUGAUUCGGUUGGCCCUCCUUUCUUUCCUCGUCUUUCCUUGUCUCAUCCAUUCUCUCUGUGCUCUUCGUCGUCCGGCCGGUCCUCGACAGCGCUUUCGUCUUCUCUCUCACUUUAUCUUAUUUGUUUUCGUUCUUUACAGUCUGUGACUGACACGUCUCACCUACACUUACAAUCAUGGGAGUAGUCGAUUGGUUCAAGCGGGAGUUUAUGGUCCCGAGGAGGCUCACAUUCAACGUUCUGUUCUAUGGCUUACAUCUCUUCUUCUUCAUUUAUGGCUGGUACAGUCAGGCGACGAACGCUAAACUGGCUGGCCUCAACACACUCAAGUGGUCCGUCUGGAUCUCUCGAGGUGCAGGUCUUGUGCUUGCCUUCGAUGGCGGUCUCAUCCUUCUGCCGAUGUUGCGCAAUAUUAUUAGGGUCAUUAGGCCAAGGUUGACAUGGGCCUUCCCUGCCGACGAGAAUAUUUGGUUCCAUCGUCAGGUUGCCUACCAGAUGUUCUUCUGGGCUGUGGUGCACACGACCGCUCACUACGUGAACUUCAUCAACGUCGAGCGCACUCAAAUCCGAAAGGAAACUGCACAGGACAUCCACUACCACCAGGCCGGAGGCAUCACGGGCCACUUCAUGCUGCUCAUCAUGGUGCUCAUUUACACCACUGCGCAUAGGAAGAUCCGUAACCAAUGCUUUGAAGCAUUCUGGUACACACACCACCUUGCAUUCUUCUUUAUGAUUGGCUUGUACUCGCAUGCUACUGGCUGCUUUGUCCGCAACAGUACUGAUCCUAACUACAUUCCGACGUUCCCAUUCUAUUCGACCCAGCACUGUCUCGGAUACGAGAGCUGGAGAUUCAUCAUUUGGCCUGGAAUUCUUUACUUUGGUGAACGGAUGUACAGGGAGUUCAGGGCAAGGCGUGCAACUCGACUAGACAAGAUCAUUGUGCAUCCCAGUGGUGCAAUGGAACUGCGUAUUAUCAAACCGAGCUUCAAGUACACUGCUGGGCAAUGGCUGUUCAUUCAGGUCCCGGAGGUGUCGAGAUUCCAAUGGCAUCCUUUCACAAUCACGUCGGCUCCGGAAGACAAAUACCUGUCAAUCCAUAUUCGUCAAGUCGGAGACUGGACUCACGCUCUCGGGGAUCUUGUUGGAGCAGGCCCGGCCGUAGUUGCGGAAUUGACGAAGCAGGCUAUGAAAGGACAAGAGAAGGACGAAAAAGAAACGGGUUUCCGUGGGGACUAUCUUGAGAUCAACACAAACUCCGGUCGGUUGCCCUCAGUACGGGUUGAUGGUCCGUUUGGCGCUCCCGCUGAAGAUGUCUUCAAUGCCGAAGUUGCCGUCCUUGUCGGUGCCGGUAUCGGUGUUACACCGUUUGCUUCUAUCCUCAAGCACAUAUGGUACCGUCAGAAGAGGGGCAACCUUGGUGCUCUGACGCGAGUUGAGUUCUUCUGGGUUUGCCGAGAUGCUCCGUCCUUUGGAUGGUUCCAGACGCUGCUCCAGGAAGUUGAAGCCGCUCAGAUGGAUCCGAACUUCUUGCGCAUCAACAUCUACCUCACCCAGAAGAUUGGUGAGGACAUGCUCUGGAACAUUGCAAUUAAUGAUGCCGGUGCGGAAUAUGAUCCGUUGACUUUGUUGCGUACUCGCACGAUGUUCGGUCGACCGGAUUGGAGGACCAUCUAUCAGAGAAUCAGGUCGGCCAUUGAAUCCGGCCAAUACCUUCCAGGCAGCAAGUCCCAACUUAAGACGACCGUCGGCACCUACUUCUGUGGUCCGUCUGUCCUCGGUAAUGCCGUGAGAGACGCCGCGAUGCAAGCACGUUGCUCUACUGUCGACUUUACUUUUGCCAAAGAGCACUUCUAGAGGAGUCAAUAAAGACUCCUCGAAGAGCGCGUUAGAGCGAUCCAUAUACUUCUUGUUUCAUCCAGUCUUGCUUCUUAUGAGUUGAGUCUUCAUUAACUUCUCAAACAGAGGGUCAGGAAGGAAUGUGUAUCUCGUGUAUCUGGCCCUGACUCCGCUUUUCUUAUGAUUAUGUCCCGUCGAAAUUUCUUGUGUAUAGUGUAGCUAGAUGCUAACAAGUGCUGCGUGUAUUGUUUUAUAAGUCCA